AUGGCUGUAAAAUUAGUAAGUUCGUACACAGGCGAUAUCAGUAUUUUAGGUAUAGCGGAAACUUUUGUUCUACGUUUAAAUGCCAUUGAUGCUUGUGCCUGUCUAGUUGAAUGUAUGUUGCUGCUGGAGGAAUUUCCUGCCACCGUACAGGCAUUGCAUGAAGCUAUUCAGAAUAUCUUAGAUGCAUGUUACGAGUUGCUGAAAAAUAAAGGAUUGAAGAACUUUUUGAGACUGGUUUUGAUCACGGGAAAUUUUAUGAAUAGUGGAAGUUAUGCAGGUAAUGCAGUUGGCUUUAGACUUUCAACUUUACCGAAACUAAUCGAAACUCGAGCAAACAGACCUCGCAUAACUCUUUUGCAUUAUUUGGUUGAUGAAGCACAGCGAAAGGACAGAGACAGUUUGAAAUUUACGAAUGAACUACUGGAAAAAUUAAAGCUUUGUUCAAGGUUAAGCCUGGAUAAUCUCUCCGGAGAAGUUUGCCAACUAGAUGCCACCUUGAGAAGACUAGACAAUAGAAUACAGCAAGAGGGAGGACAACUCAAAUUGCGUUUUGGUACAUUUGUUCAGAACGGCUCCAAGCAGAUUUUAGUUCUCAAAAAGAAAUUGGAGGAAAUUGAACAUCUCUCUGAUCAACUAGCCAAGCGCUUCUGUGAAGAUGAAAAGAAAUUUCAGCUAGAAGAAUGCUUGAAUAUAGUCAGCGUUUUCUGCUCUAAGAUAAAAAUGGCAGAAGCC